CUUGUAAUGAUUAAUUUCAACUCAAAGGAGUGCACACAUGGGUUGUGUAAAGGGAGACACGAGGCUUCACAUUGAACACCCCUUUCUCUCGUUUCUCAUCUUCACCUGUAAUCGGACAGUUGUGGUCAACGCCGGGGUCAUAUCAUUACGAUGCAAGUAAAUGAAGGACAAAACAGACCUUGCCUUUCAGACCCAUUUUUACAGUGGAGUCAAUGGCAGUUGCUUGAUUCUCUUCUACCUACUGGUGGAUUUGCUCAUUCUUUUGGCCUUGAAGCAGCAGUUCAGUCCCACUUAGUGUCUAAUUCCAAUGACCUUAAGACAUUUAUUAUCCAUAUAUUGGAGAACACAGGAAGCCUACUCCUUCCUUUUGUGUACUCAGCUUCCAUGUUGCCCAAUAUGGAAACCUGGCAUAAGCUUGACAAAAUAUUGGAUGCUACCCUAACUAACGAAGUGGGUCGAAAGGCAUCGAUCUCACAAGGAUCUGCAUUAAUGAGGGUGGCUUCAGCUGUGUUUUCCGAGAUUCCCUCCCUCAAAACCAUGAGAGAUGCUUCUCUGGGUUUAGGGACUGUAUCUUUUCAUCAUGCUCCUGUAUUUGGACUUAUAUGUGGAGCACUAGGUUUUGAGAGAACUAGUUCUCAGAGAGCUUACAUGUUCAUCACAAUGAGAGAUAUGAUUUCUGCUGCCACGAGGCUAAAUUUGAUAGGACCCCUUGGUGCAGCAUUGUUGCAGCAUCAGGUUGCUCCUAUUGCUGAAGUUAUAUUAGAGAAAUGGAUGAAUCGUGGGGUUGAGGAAGCAUGCCAAACUAUGCCUCUGCUAGAUACUGUGCAGGGCUGCCAUGGUUACUUGUUUUCAAGACUGUUUUCAUCUUAGAAGGUAAAAUGUGAGUAUUUCAUUUCAUAUUUUGAUGCAUGUAAAAGGUUUGUAAUAGUUAGUAUUGUGCUCAGGACUGUUUUCAUUUAUUUGUGAACAUUGCUGCGCGUUAUUUGAUGUUUUGUGCUGUACAAGUUCGUACAUUCGCUUUGAAAACUAUUUGCCAGUUGUGUUACUUGUGUAUGCAUGAUAAAAGAGUUAUUCUUUUUGCUUCA